AUGUCCAUAAAUCAGUUAUGUAAUGAUACGGUAGAUCCAGAUUAUCCCGAAGAAAUGAAAGCGGCAGCUGCCGUCCUUGAAAACUUGAAAACGACGGCGGUCACUACUUUACCUUCAAUUGAUAAUAUAUCACCGCAACCGCUAGAACCUCGACCGCAUGCAGAACAACCACAGCUUCCCAGUUCAGAAGCAGGUUUCAUGUUGUCGAUUGUGAAGAAAACAAUGGAUGUCUAUGAACAGGGUAAAGCCAACUCCCCUUUCAUAAAAUAUACAACUGAGAUGGUUGAGUCGAGUGUAUCUAGGGGUAGUGAAAUUUCUCGUAGUUCAUCACCUUCAUUUAGAAAACCUCAUCGAACUUCACAAUCAUCAGGUUCUUCAAACAGUACUUCUUAUGCCCCAUACACUUAUCCUAAUAAUAAUUCCACAAUAUCAGCAACUACGUCGACCUCUUAUCCAGAAAGAAGUCGUUGGCAGCGAAUGGUUAUAGGAACCGGCGCUGCUGUUGGUGCUGCCGGAGCCGCCGUUAGCGAAGAAUCUAUGAAGAGUCUCAAAUAUUGUCAAGAAUGGAUAAACUAUGCUACUCAACACAUAGAUGCGCAGAUCAUAGUUUUAAAGGAGUUCAUUGUAAACCUUACGAACCCAUCCACACGAACGGUUGCUCGUACUUCGUCGACCUCUACCCUUGCCUCGAUUAAGAAGGAGGUGGUUGAGACUCUUCGGAAAGUCAUUGAAGUAGUAUCGAAAUAUGCUGGAGUGUGCUUACCCGAUCAGGCAAAGAGAAGCGUUAGGACCUUCAUUUUAAACUUACCCACUCGAUGGGCUUCAAUAAAUCAUUCAGAACAUUCUUCUUCCCCCUCUCCAAUGUCAUCUCCACAAUUGGCUCCUGCCAAUGGCCACCCACUAAAUCAAACUACGGAUUACGCACGCCGCCUCUUGAGUUUAGCCACAGAGUCAUUAGAUAUGUUAAUAUCUGUAUCUGGAAUUUUUGGUGAAACUGUUACACGAGCAGAAGCAUGGUUGGAAAGGCUCAGAGCUGUUGGUAUGCCAACAAGUAUGGGAGCGAAUUCGACGGUGAAUUUGCAAUUUGAUAACGUAUACAGCUCGUCCAAUACAUCAUCACAUUCUUCGCCUCCCGGUUCUCGUUCGAGAAGAACAUCCAAUUCCGUACGUCCGAAUGGCCAUGGUGUACGUAAGGUAUCCCGUCCAACGCCAGUUCACGUUGAAGACGACGACUCGACCUUUAAUGGACAUGAUUCAGAUUCUUCCUCAGAAUCUGAGGCUGAACCCAUGCGUAUGGAAAUGGAUCACGCUCAAAAGCGCGCUUUAAAGAAAGCAAAUGCAAAAUCACAAUCUAAUGAGACGAUGUUUUGCAAAUAG